AUGUCCCUAAAACAUUUCCUCAGAUACAUUCAAGCCUUCAACGCAAAGGACUAUAAACUCCAGCACAGCUUCUACCACCAAGAUGUCACCCUCACCAUCCCCGAUCCCGAGAUUGGAACCCUAAUUGGCUCAACCGGAAUCAUGAACCACUAUGCCAAAGUACACGCCGACGCCCAAGAAACCGUGGUCCCGAUGUUCGUGAUGAUCGACGGUCCACGCAUCUUCCUGAGCAUGGAAGCCUAUUUCCUCUACACCCGACCCACCGACCAGGCAGUGCAUAGCCAUAAGGUUAAACCCGGGGAUGUGAUUCGAGUCAAGGUAUGGGCUGUUUACGACAUGAUAGAUGGGAAGAUGGCAAAGAUCACGUGCAAUGCAUUGAAUGAUGAGUAUCUGGGGCAAGUCGAUGUGAAUGGUUUGAUUCGGGAAAGCUGGAGCCGGGUGGAUGAGAAUGUUAAAGCGUGCUGGAAACCUGCUUCUGUGCUGUAG